AUGUUUUUUAUAAGAAGCUCUUACAGUAUCUCACCAUGGCAUGACAAAUGACUUCCUUGAAUCUCUACACACCUGGUCGAGGUUUGUUCAGCACACAUGUCACAUGGGAAGAUCUUGAACACGACUUGCAGCGUGGAUUGAACACCACCUCAUCUUUCGGAACAGAAAAAUCAGUUAAAGACAUUGGAGAGGGGAAUGGAUUUAUGUCAAAAAUUCUACUCAUUGAACCUGAUUGGCAACCUAAGGACGAUAAACUACCGGCAAAGUUUCUAGUGAAGAUUCUACGUUACAAAGCUGUUAUCGAAGCAUAUUCCCUCAACGUACCAAUGGAGGAAAGGGAAGAAUUCAGCAAAAAACCCUUCGAUAAUGUUUAUUAUAGAAUGUUCAAGCAAGAGGUGCAAGAACAUAUUGUACAGCUGUUCGCUUCAGUCGAAGAUGGAAAAUUGGUCGACAGUGUCAAGCGCUUAAAGGAACUCAUUCCAGAUAUCGUUGAUUUGGAAUGGGCCGAAAAUCUGGCCGAUGAACUUGAUCUCAUGUCUCUGAAUCUGUACACACCAGCGGACGGUCUUUAUCGCACCCAUGUCACUUGGGAAGACAUUGAAGAGGAUAUGCAACGGGAGUUCGACACGGUCGCCUCAUUUGGACCGAACAAGAUCGCCAAGGACAUAGGAGAAAACAAUGGAUUUAUGUCGAAAAUGCUACUUAUCGAACCAGAUUGGCAGCAUAAGGAUAAGAAACUGCCGGAGAAAUUUCUUGUAAAGAUUCUCACCCAACUUGCCAUGCAAAAAAUUUCUGCUGAGAUGUGUGAAAAGCAUGAAAUUGAGAACACUUUCACUGAUCCAAAACUGAUGGCAGACCUGGAAGUGAUGCAGAAAAUGUGUCACAACGCCGAAGUAAAAACUUACAAUCAUCUGAUGAAGCUUCCUAAGGAGAAGAUGCGCAUUCCAAAGAUCUACUAUAUGAAGAUGUUCACAGAAUGGAACCCAGUCAAAGGAUACAUAAUUAUGGAAUAUCUGGAAAACCUCAAAUCUGUGCCCGUAUAUGAAAACGUAACUCCAGAGGAAGUGAAACAGGUUCUUCGACACAAAGCCGUAAUGGAGGCCAGUUCACUAGAAGUGUCAUCUGAUGUACGAAAUGAAUACAUAUCCCCAUUUAAAACGAUUUUCGGAGCGAUAUUCAAGAAAGAGGUGCUGGAUCAAAUACUUACGAUGUUCACAUUCUUCGGUGAUGGAAAUUUGGAAGAAAAAGGAGAUCGAUUAAGUAGCAUCAUUUCUGACAUGGUUGAUCUCGAGUGGGUGGACAACAUGACCAAACAGUUCGGGAUGGAAAGCGUCCUCUGUCACGGUGACUUAUGGUCCAAUAAUCUCCUGUGGAGACAGAAAGGGGACCAUCUUGAAAUGGCUGCUGUUAUAGACUAUCAGACAGUUCAUUACGGUUGUGCAGCUACCGACCUUGUACGGCUACUAUGCUCAUGCUUAAGCGGGCAGGAUCGACGAGCUUAUUGGGAACCACUUUUGGGAGAAUUUUAUGGUUACCUUAAAGAAGAAGUGGGCGGUAGGAAGAUGCCAUACACUCUUGAACAGCUGAAAGAAGCCUACCGUCAAUAUAUGCCGAUAGGUGGAUUCAUGAUUGUGCCCGGGAUAGGGGCACUAUUCGAAAUACUAUCGAAAACGUCCGAUGAGGAAACAAAGAAAAAGGGUAUGGUUGCAGCUAUUGAAAAAACCGAGGCUCUCCUCGACGAUAUCUUCUUCUUCCAUCAACGGAAUAUGGAACUCAGAAAACAAGAAAAAGCUCAAUAAAAAUGCUUGA